UCGAAAAACUUAGCAGUCGCUCUAUUUUUCAUCCUAACUUUCUCCAUGGGCAAGAGGCUCUCCACAUCCACCGAUGUUGAUUCUACUACGCAGAAUGAGAAGGAUUCCGAGUCCGAGUCCUAUGACUUGGAACAAGUAGUUCGGAAGAAGCACAAAAAGGCCGAAGAAUAUCAUUGCCUUUACGAAAAUGAAGAUGCAUAUGGAGGCACUCCAAUGACCAUUUUCGUUAGGGGAUUCGAUUGUUCCCUACCUAUGGCUGAUAUCAGGAGUACAUUGAGAAAACACUUCAAUUCAUGUGGAGUGAUCUCUCGGAUUUUUGUUCCGGCAGAGUGUAAAACUGGUUCUCUCUUGGGAUUUGCUUUGUUAAAUAUACUGCCGGACAAAAAGAAGGCAUUAGCACUAGAUGAAAGUUACUUGGGAAAUCUGAAGCUUGAGGUUGGAUGUGCUAGAAGUUUAAUUGGAAGUCGUAAGUAUCCUAAUUUUAUAGGGUGUGAACGCUGUGUCCGCGUUCAAAGGACGCGUUUGUUCGAACGCUUCAUUGAAACUAGGGGUGGUCUUAUACAGCGCAGGUCAGCUUUGCUCGACAGUAUGGUUGCUGAGUCUGACCAAAAAGCUGGUCGUAAGCCCAGGAAAGCUAUGCUCGACAGUACGGUUGCUGAGCUUGACCAAAAAGAUCAAGAAGACUAAAGACACAAAAAAAGACAUUUUGCUAAAUAUUUUGGUCAUUUUUACCUUCGCCGCAGCUGCAGCCGCCGCUACUUGUUUAUUUUAUGUUUUAUGCCUUUCUAAGAAAACUUGUAUUAUGUGACUCUUUAUUGCAUAAUUUAUACCUAAAUCAAACUGUGAAGCUUUUAAUAUGAUA